AUGAGGGAGGAGCACUUUGAAAGUUGCAGGUAGAGCAGAGACACACAGACAGAGAGCGCUCGUUUGUUGCCACUUACUGGAGAUCACACGCUCGUCAAGGGAGAGAGAGGGAAGUAGAGAGACGCUGACACACAGUGAGAGAGCGAGAGAGGGAGGGAGGGAGCGCCACACGGUCAAAGUAAGCUUUAUCUACCGCGGCGGGUCACUUAAUAAGAGCUAUUUGGAGUCAGAGGCGACCAGGAGCCGCAGCCAGACGCAGACCAUCACAACAAGAGGAGCAACAGAAAGCACAUUGCUCCACACAGGGAAGAGGGGAAAGAAAUACACAGACACGGAAGAGAAGUGAGUGAAAGAAAGAAAGAAGAGUGAGGGACGGAAGGCGAGAUUGAACUUUUAGGCUCCUCAGUGGGAUCUUACUAAACAAAAGGUGAAAAAGUGAGAGAGAAGAGGCUGAACUGUGAAGGUGAAGAUGCCGCGGGUAGUCCCGGACCAGAGGAGCAAGUUUGACAAUGAGGAGUUUUUCCGCAAGUUGAGCAGGGAGUGUGAGAUUAAAUAUACUGGCUUCAGGGACCGGCCCCAUGAGGAGAGACAAGCUCGCUUUCAGAACGCCUGCAGGGAUGGACGGUCAGAAGUGGCCUUUGUAGCUACAGGUACCAACCUCUCACUGCAGUUCUUUCCAGCCAGCCAUCACGGAGAUCAGAGGCAGGUUCCUACGAGGGAUUAUGUCGACUUUGAGAGGGAGACGGGAAAGGUCUAUUUAAAGGCUCCAAUGAUCCUGAACGGUGUGUGUGUGAUCUGGAGAGGCUGGAUCGAUCUUCAGAGGCUGGAUGGGAUGGGAUACCUGGAGUAUGACGAGGAAAGGGCGCAGCAUGAGGAUGCUUUAGCACAGGCAGCGUUUGAAGAGGCUCGACGCAGAACCAGAGACUUUGAAGACAGAGACCGGUCACACAGGGAGGAGUUGGAGGACCCUGUGGUUUCUAAAAUCUGGGACUGAUGACACACAGACAGACAGCCAGCAGAAAGAACAGGUCCAGACGACAGCAGGACCCCAGCCCUGGCUCAAACAUGGCCAACGCUGACGUGGAACACAAGAUGCGCUGAGGAGGAAGAGGAGGGAGGAAGAGGAGGAAACCAGGGCUGGCUGUUCAUUUACUUUCAAUACAAUCAACUGACAAAAAAAAAAAUCAACUAAAACUGCUUUUCUUCUUGUAAGGUUUGACACCAUCAAUUUGCUAUUUUACAUGUUUAAGAUAUUUAAAUGUACAUCACAAUACACCCAAGGAAUUGAUUGAAUUGAAAGUGAAACAAGCCUGUAAAACAAGAUUUUUUUAAGGAAGACAGACAAAACAGACCUGGACAAAAGGUACCUGAAAUUGUGAAUGUGACAGAUCCAGAGUUGAAGUUGUUUCUCAAGUGAAAUUAAGUGUUAUAAAGAUUUGAAUUGUAGGUCAGUUUAAUCAGAGUGUUGAUACUUUUUGUCCAGGUCUUCAAAAAUUACAUGUGUGGAUGUAUCUUCAUCUACCAAAGUAUAUUUUCUAUUAAUAAAUGAGGUGUUUUACGGAGCUGUAGCAGGAAGGAGGAGGAAGAAAAAGAGGAAUUAGUUUGGCUCAGGGUCAUAGUUGGGGUUUAUUGGUCAGGAUUACCAGUGGAGCAUGUAUCAAAAGUGAGGCGUUGACUGUUGUGAAGGAAAGAAAAGGUUCUGCAUUGUUCAGUGUUUUGCAACACUUCACAUUUGUGAGCAUGUGAGCACGUUAACCCCACUAUGCCUAGCCCACUUCCUGAAACCUGCUGUUUUCUUAGACCAAAGUUCACUAU